ACAAUCAACGCCAUGAAAUGGAAAUUCCUUUUGCAUUGAUAUCAAAACUUCCCUGGCCGUGUUCACGUAUUCUACAUUGCCAAGUUCACUCUGCACGUCUUCUCAAGACGUUGGUACCAUACCGUCACAGCCAUUUGGAUCGCACCUUCACGGGAAAAGAAUUAUUCUCAACAGCCCCAAAACAAUACCGUAAACAUGACUCUUUAUACGAACCCCUUGAGGGGAUAGAAAGGCUCGAGAACUAUCGAUUAGGGGGUUACCAUCCUGUUAAAAUUGGAGAAGUACUUCGUCAUCGGUACCGAGUUAUCCAUAAGCUUGGACACGGCACUUUUUCAACUACAUGGUUGGCCCGCGAUGAACGGUCUGAUCGAUAUGUUGCGCUGAAAAUCUGCAUAGCAGAGUCGAAAUCCCGUGAAGUCGACAUCAUAAAUAGCUUGGCUAGACAUGAAACCGCGCUCUGUGCCCAAGGCAGGGCAAUGGUUCCUACGAUCCUGGAUACCUUCACCACCCAUGGACCCAACGGAGAUCAUCCGUGCUACGCCACAGCACCCGCCCGAGCUAGUAUAGCUGAUUUGAAAGACGGUUCCUGGAAUCGUCUGUUCCAUCUUGACGUUGCCCGGGCGUUGGCAGCGCAACUUAUUCAUGCUGUAGAUUUCCUUCAUACAGUAGGCAUUGUCCAUGGAGAUCUUCAUAUUGGCAAUAUACUUCUAAAAAGUCAGCCUGAAUUUGAUCAGAUCUCACCUGAAAAGAUUUAUGAAACAUACGGAGAACCUGAGCUGGAACCAAUCGUGCGUUUCGAUGGGGAAGCACUUCUUCCUGGUGUCCCAUCGCACGGUGUGGUGCCAAUAUGGCUUGGAGAAGCCAGCGAGAAGAUCAAACUUGGAGAAGCCCGACUCCUACUCACGGACUUUGGCGAAUCCUUCUCUUAUCCCCAAGAAACCAGGUAUAUCUCUCAUGCCCCUCUCGUCUUCCGUCCACCUGAAGCUCGCUUCGAACCAAACAAGCCAUUCGCGUUUUCGUCAGACAUUUGGAGUCUCGCCUGCACCAUCUGGGCUAUUAUUGCUCAAAGACCGCUGUUCGAAGGACUCCUUGCUACGGAGGACGAUAUGACCUGUGAGCAGGCUGACACCCUUGGUAUCCUACCGCCUGAGUGGUGGGAAGCGUGGGAGGCGCGAGGAGAAAAGUUUACAGAGGACGCCACGCCAAUCAACCGGACUCAUUAUCGCUCUUGGGAUGACCGAUUCAUGGAUAGCCUGCAACGGCCGAGGGAGGAAUAUGCGAUGCCCUUGAUCAGUCCUCCGGAGAAGAGAGCGAUUUUUGACAUGCUACGUCCAAUGCUUGCAUUUAGACCUGAGGAUCGCAGCACCGCGAAGCAAGUUCUUGAGUCGGAAUGGAUGGUCAAGUGGGCACUUCCUGAAUAUGAAAAGAUCAAAUAGAUGUAUAUCUGAAUGUUUAUCAUUGCAAUAUUUAACGGUUUCAUUGUUUCUGCCUAUUUUUCUUUACUUAUCAUAGUUGAGACAGAUAGACGACUAAUUUAUCGCACUCAACUCUCCCUCUGCCGCGAGUCAUUCGACCACACUCUAGAAGUGCAAGAAUGGG